AUGCAGCCCAAGGCGCGGAGGCCCGGGCCCGCCUUCCUGUUCCGGGCGCGCGGCGCCAGCCUGACGGCCGAGGAGGAGCGCUUCCUGGCGGCCGCCGAGUACGGCAACAUCCCGGUGGUUCGCAAGAUGCUGGAGGAGUCGCGCUCGCUGGACGUCAACUGCGUGGACCGCAUGGGGCAGAGCGCGCUGCAGCUGGCCGUGGGCAACGAGCACCUGGAGGUGACGGAGCUGCUGCUGCGCCGCGCGCCCCUGGCCCGCCUGGGCGACGCGCUGCUGCUGGCCAUCAGCAAGGGCUACGUGCGCAUCGUCGAGGCGCUGCUCGGCCACCUGGCGCUCAGCCCCGGGCCGCCGGCCGCCGACUUCUUCGCCUACGACGAGGACGGCACACGCUUCUCGCCCGACGUCACGCCGGUGCUGCUGGCGGCGCACUGCCAGCGCUACGAGGUGCUGCACCUGCUGCUGCUGCGCGGCGCCCGCAUCGAGCGACCGCACGGGCCCCGCUGCCGCUGCGCGCACUGCGCCGAGCCCGGCCGCCCCGCCGCCGACGCCUUCAGCCGCGCGCGCGCCCGCAUCAACGCCUACCGCGGGCUGGCCAGUCCCGCCUACCUGGCGCUGUCCGGCUCGGACCCGGUGCUCGCGGCGCUCGAGCUCAGCGACGAGCUGGCCCAGCUGGCCAACGUGGAGAAGGAGUUCAAGAACGACUACCGGAAGUUGUCCAUGCAGUGCAAAGACUUUGUGGUGGGGGUGCUGGACCUUUGCCGAGACUCUGAAGAGGUGGAGGCCAUUCUGAACGGAGACCUGGAGUCGGCCGAGGCCCUGGAGCCACACAGGCACAAAGCUUCCCUGAGCCGUGUCAAGCUGGCCAUCAAGUACGAAGUGAAGAAGUUCGUGGCUCACCCCAACUGCCAGCAGCAGCUCCAUACCAUCUGGUAUGAGAACCUGUCGGGCCUGCGGGAGCAGACGGUGGCCGUCAAGUGUCUGGUGGUGUUGAUGGUGGCCUUGGGGCUCCCCUUCCUGGCCGUAGGCUACUGGAUCGCGCCAUACAGCCGGCUGGGGAGGGUUCUCCGAAGCCCCUUCAUGAAGUUUGUGGCUCACACGGCGUCCUUCAUCACCUUCCUGGCUCUGCUCGUGUUCAAUGCCUCAGAUAGGUUUGAGGGCAUCUCCACACCGCCCAACGUAACCAAGGUCGACCACCCCAGACAGGUCUUCAGGGUGAAGACCACCCAGUUCACAUGGACCGAGAUACUGAUCAUGGUCUGGGUUCUUGGCAUGAUGUGGUCCGAGUGCAAGGAGCUGUGGCUGGAGGGGCCGCGGGAGUACGCGCUGCAGCUGUGGAACCUGCUGGACUUCGGGAUGCUCUCCACCUUCAUUGCCGCCUUCACCGCCAGGCUCCUCGCCUUCCUGCGGGCCUCCAAGGCGCAGCAGUGGGUGGACGGGCACGUCCAGGAGAGCGGCCUCCACUCAGCCGCCCUCCCACCUGAGGUCCAGUACUUCACAUUCGCCAGGGACAAGUGGCUCCCCUCCGACCCUCAGAUCAUCUCUGAGGGCCUCUACGCCGUGGCCGUCGUGCUCAGCUUCUCCCGCGUCGCCUACAUCUUGCCCGCCAAUGAGAGCUUUGGACCCCUGCAGAUCUCCCUGGGCAGGACCGUCAAGGACAUCUUCAAGUUCAUGGUCCUCUUUGUCAUGGUGUUUCUUGCCUUUAUGAUUGGCAUGUUCAUGCUGUACUCUAACUACCUGGGGGCUAAAGUGAACCCCGCCUUCACCACUGUAGAAGAAAGCUUCAAGACUUUGUUUUGGUCAAUAUUUGGGUUGUCUGAAGUGACUUCUGUUGUGCUCAAGUAUGAUCACAAGUUCAUAGAGAACACUGGAUACAUUCUUUAUGGAAUAUACAACGUGACAAUGGUGGUCGUCUUGCUCAACAUGCUGAUCGCUAUGAUUAAUAGCUCCUAUCAAGAGAUCGAGGAUGACAGUGAUGUAGAAUGGAAGUUUGCUCGUUCAAAACUUUGGCUGUCUUAUUUUGAUGAUGGGAAAACAUUGCCCCCACCCUUCAGUCUGGUCCCUAGUCCGAAGUCGUUUGUCUAUUUCGUCAUGAGGAUCAUCAACCUUUCCAAAUGCAGACGGAGACGGCUACGGAAGGACGUAGAGCUGGGGAUGGACAACUCCAAGUCCAGGAUAAACCUCGUCACUCAGUCUAACUCAGGAGUUUUUGAGGCACACAGUUUUAACAGCAUCCUCACUCAGCCCACACGCUAUCAGCAGAUAAUGAAAAGACUUAUCAAGCGGUAUGUCUUGAAAGCACAAGUCGACAAAGAAAAUGAUGAAGUGAAUGAAGGUGAAUUAAAAGAAAUCAAGCAAGAUAUCUCCAGCCUUCGUUAUGAACUUUUGGAGGACAAGAGCCAAGCAACUGAGGAAUUAGCUGUUCUGAUACAUAAACUCAAUGAGAAGCUCAGACUAUGA